AAAAAUGGACAGACAUGGAAAAACAAAAAGUUACGAUGGAAAUUAGCUGAAAGCAUUAAACAAAUCAUACAAUAAAAAAUCAAAUCCAUGAUCAAAUACCAUUAUUUAAUGUCAAGAUUCUAAAAAAAAAAUAGAUUAUCAAUAUUUUUUUUAUUCAAUCUAAAAUGACAUAGCAUAAAUAAAUCUAAUUUCCCUCACUUUCUUCUCCAACAUUUUCCUAUUUUCCUUCCUAAUUUUCCAACCUCUGUUCUUAGCAAUAUAUUUCUUAUAUAUUCAGUUUAAUUUUCUUGUUCUAGAUCUUAAUUAUAUUUCUUUAUCCUUAAUCAUCUUUUGUUUAUCUUUAAUCAAAAAAAACCCAAAAUCUUUGAUUUUUCUUGAAAAAAAGUUAGAAGAAAAUAAAGGAAAACUAACCAAAAACAAGAAAAAAAUAAGCUAAUGGCUUUAGAUAUGGAGUCUACCGGAGAAGCUGUUAGAACAACCGUCGGUAACGGCAGCGGUGUUACGGUGGUUAGAUCCGACGCACCGUCAGAUUUUCACGUAGCUUCAAGAUCAGAAAGCUCAAACCAAUCUCCCCCCGGCCCCUCUGUCACUCCUCCUCCUCCUCCACCACAACCGUCGUCUCAUCACACAGCUCCUCCUCCGCCGCAAAUAUCUACGGAAACGACGACGGCGAUGGAAGGUAUCCCCGGUGGACCAAUUAAGAAGAAGCGUGGACGGCCAAGAAAGUACGGACCGGACGGGGCUGUUGUAGCGUUAUCUCCUAAGCCUAUUUCAUCAGCUCCGGCGCCGUCGCAUCUUCCGCCGCCGGGUUCACACGUCAUCGACUUCUCCGCCUCUGAGAAACGUAGUAAAGUGAAACCAACCAACUCUUUUAACAGACCAAAGUAUCAUCAUCACCAAGUUGAGAAUUUAGGUGAAUGGGUUCCUUGUUCCGUCGGUGGUAAUUUCACACCUCAUAUAAUCACAGUCAACACUGGCGAGGAUGUAACAAUGAAGAUAAUCUCAUUUUCGCAACAAGGACCUCGUGCCAUAUGCGUUUUAUCAGCAAACGGUGUUAUUUCAAGUGUUACACUUCGUCAGCCUGAUUCCUCUGGUGGCACAUUGACAUACGAAGGUCGGUUUGAGAUAUUAUCAUUGUCCGGCUCAUUCAUGCCUAAUGACUCAGGCGGAACUCGGAGUAGAACUGGAGGAAUGAGCGUAUCGUUAGCAAGUCCCGAUGGCCGUGUAGUAGGUGGUGGCGUAGCUGGUUUACUAGUAGCCGCGAGUCCGGUUCAGGUGGUCGUAGGAAGUUUUCUAGCUGGCACGGACCAGCAAGAUCAGAAACCGAAGAAGAACAAACACGAUUUCAUGUUGUCGAGUCCUACUGCUGCAGUUCCUAUAUCUAGCGCAGCUGAUCACCGGACAAUCCAUUCGGUGUCUUCUCUUCCUACGAAUAAUAAUACAUGGCAGACUUCUUUAGCACCUGAUCCAAGAAACAAGUCUUCGGAUAUUAACGUCAAUUUAACUUGAAAGAUUCCAAUCUUUCUCUGUAUGUUCGGUUCAUCAAGUUCGUUUCGGUUGGUUAUCCACAUUAGGGGUUUAAUAUAAUGGUAGUGUUUUAGGGUUUAGGGUCAUAUAUUGGUCCCAUUGUUUCAUGUAGGAUUUCCAUCAUUUAAAUCGGAUUGAAUCAUCUUGUUUGUUUAAUUAUAAUUUUGUUAAAACCGGUCAUGGUUUCCGGUUUUGCAAGUUAUUGUACCAAAAUAGGAAACUCAUGUAUCAGUUCAAAGUUACCCGGCUGUUCGAUUUGGUAAUAUCUUUCUCUCUAAAACAGAGGUAGAUAAAACCAAGAUUGCUUUAAUAUUAAUGUUAAACAAUUUGAGUUCCUUCAA